UGAGCAUUGAAAUUUCAGGUUAUGUUAUUUUAAAAAAGUUUCUUUGAAAAAUACACAAUAUAUUAUUCGAUUCUCUGAAGAUCCAAGAAGGAAAUGGAGUUGAUAUUGAGAGGAUCACAAACACUUUUGCGAACUUGCAGUAGAAAUAUUGUUUCCAAUAAGUAUAAGCAAGUUCGUUUGAACAGUUAUUACAGUUCACCUACAAUCCAAAAUGUACAGAUAAACACCAAAUAUGAAAUAAGUAGAUCACCUGAUGAAUGGAAAUAUGUUGAAAGAAUCAUACCUCCGAUAACUGUCCCAAACUUUGCACAAAAAGAGGAAUAUCAUUCCGAAUUCAAACCACCAAGCGGAAAUGCGAAAGAUCACCCGUAUUUUAUUCCUAGAACCAAAAAUCAUAUGAUACCGGUGUACUUGCACAUCCAACAGAGGGGUAUGAGAAGACUGACCGUAGUAAGAAAAAUUCAAGGUGACAUAUGGCUAUUAGGAAAAGAGCUUGAAACGUUCCUUCAGCCUAUGAGUAAAAAACCAAUCAGAAUGCAAAUAAAUGAGUUUACUGGAGGUAUAAGAAUAAAUGGCGAUUAUGUAAACGCUAUAAAAUAUUGGCUGCAAGAAAAGGGAUUCUAAAUGCAAAUAAAUCGUUGGAUUUUUUCAGAGAAGAAAACUGAUAUGAAGUUUACUUAUUGAUUUCAUUUCAAAAUAAAUGUAUUAUACCAAA